AUGGUAAAUCGUCAGCGAAGCCCCGUCAAACCAGGAUGGGAUGCACAGACGGCUGUUCAAGAAGUCGACGAAGCGACACCCUUGUUUCCUGAACUGACAUCAUCAUACGAGGCAGUCAAUGGCGCUUCGCAGGAUCCUGAGCGAGGAGAUGGGUCCGCGAAAGACCACUCAACGCCGAAACGAUCGCUGGUGACAACCAUUUCUAUCUUGUUGAUCGGUGUCUUCAUCUCCCAAGCGGACACAUCGCUAGUGUUAGCCACGUAUGGCAAGAUCUCGUCCGAAUUUCAUGACCUCGAGAGCGGCUCUUGGCUCCUGUCAAGCUACAUGCUGGCCAUGUGUAUAUCGCAACCACUCUUCGGAAAGCUGAGCGACAUCUUUGGGCGAAAGUCGUGUUUGCAGGUGGCCUACGUCCUCUUCGCAAUUGGAACGCUCGGUUCGGGACUGGGCCGGUCAAUGGCUCAGAUCAUCGCUGCUCGUACAAUUCAGGGUGCUGGGGGCGCUGGAAUGGUGUGCAUGGUGUCGAUCUUGUUGACUGAUCUGCUGCCCUUCCACGAAGUCGCGCUAUACCGAAGCUAUGUCAAUGUGGUGCAGACAGUUGGAAGAAGCUGUGGCGGCGUAAUUGGGGGGUUUCUUGCUUCCACGAUUGGCUGGCGCUGGGCCUUCUUGGCACAAGUUCCUCCAGUCAUUCUUUCGAUUGUCUUAGUCCAGUGGAAAUUGGACGUUCCACAGAAGACUUUCAAACCUGGGCACUGUGAAUCCACUCGCGACAAGUUACGACGUAUCGACUUCAUCGGAGCGGUAUGCAUGAGUAUAACCAUCUUCACUGCGCUAUUCGUCCUGGACACUGGCGGACAGAAAUACGAUUGGAACCACCCCGUCAUCAUCACAUCCGCUUGCGUUGCUGUUAUCGGUGCUGGAACGUUUGUCGUAUACGAACGGUACUUCGCGAAAGAGUCAAUCUUUCCUGUCCAACUACUCACCCGCUACGUUGUUGGCACGUCUUAUGGAAUCCUUCUCCUGCAGAACUUUUCUCAGACCGCAAUGGGCCUGAAUCAUGCCCUGGAGGGAAGGAAUGACGCAUCCGAGAUAGUCGAGAAGGCGACCUCUGAUAUCGCCUACAUUCAGCAUGUGGGCGACGGUCUUCGCGAGCUGCUAAUGCCGGCAUAUAUACACGCCACGCAGCAAGUAUUCGUGCUUGGGCUAGUCGCCUCCGUCAUCGCAUUUUCCAUCGCACUUGUCACGAAGGAGAGGAACCUGUUGAAAGCAAACUCGGCCGAGUAG